AUGGUUGCCAAGAUUGCUGUCAUCUUUUACUCGACCUACGGUCACGUUCGCACCCUCGCUGAGGCCAUCGCGGCCGAGGCCAAGACCACCGGCGUCGAGGUCGACCUCCUUCAGUUCCCUGAAAUCCUCACGGAGGAGAUCCGCGGCAAAAUGCACGCUGCUCCCCGCGGCGACUACCCCGACGUCAAGCCCGACGACCUCACCCGCUACGACGGCUUCCUCAUGGGCUUCCCGACCCGUUACGGACGCGCGCCCGCCGCCGUCUCGGCCUUCUUCGACGCGACCGGCGGCCUCUGGGCCAAGGGCGCCUUGAUCGGCAAGUUUGCGUCGGUCUUCACCUCGACUGCGUCGCAGCACGGUGGCCAGGAGACCACCGCCCUCACGACCGUCCCCUUCUUCGCCCACCACGGCAUCACCUUCGUUUCGCCCGGCUACGCCGCGGCCGACUUGACCGACAUCAACGAGAUUGUCGGCGGUUCGGCCUAUGGCGCCGCCGGUAUCGCGUGUGGUGACGGCUCGCGCGGCAUCUCGGAGAAGGAGCUCAACAUCGCUCGGAACCAGGCGACGUACUUUGCCAACACGGUCAAGACGUUCGUUGCGGGCAAGACUGCUCUCGAAAAGCAUGCCGCCGGCCUCACCGCGACUGAGGGCGCUGCAGCAGCCACGACCGGCGCCGCCGCCGCAGGUGCCGCUAGCACCACGACCUCGACCGCCGCUCACCCCGAAGAGGGCGCGCCUGCGCUCGGAAAGGCCAUUCCUACCGAGUCUGCCACUCCCUACACCGUCGACGAGUCGACCCCCGCCGCGACCAAGACGCCCAAGGAGAACGACGCGACGUCCGAGCCUGCCGCAACUACUCCCGCUACGGCUGCUGAGCACACUCCCGCACCGGCGCAGAAGGAGACGACCCCUGCGCCCGCGGCCGCUGCCACGCCGGCUCCCGCGGCUACGGCGACGACGACGCCCGCUCAGCAGAAGAAGAAGGGCGGCAUCUUUGCGAUGUGCUGCGGCGGUAACUCGAGCAACUACGAGUCGUAG